AUGAGCUCGAGAAUGCAUGACCAAUUGCGAGAUCUUGGUAGGGAAAUCGUUCGCGAGGAAAACCCACAGGAGCCUUGGUACCGUAGCAGGUUAUGGGAAUCCAAGGAAAUCCAAAAAGUGCUGAAGGGAAAUAAGGGAUCAGAAAAGAUCAGGGCCAUUUAUCUUAACAAAGGCAGCUCAGAAGACUUUGGCGAGACACCUGAACAUGCUGGCCAUAUCCUUACAAGCGAACAAUUCAAGAAUUUAACGAGGCUAAGGUUUCUUCACGUGAACGGGGCACAUUUUAGUGGAGAUUUUAAAAACUCAAUUGAGGAGUUAAGAUGGCUUCAGUGGCAGAAUUGUCCCUUGACUUUUGAAGCAGAAAAUAUUAAUUUAAAGGAAUUAGUUGCACUUGAUUUGUCAAAAAGCAAGAUUUCAGAUAAAUGGGGAGGAUGGAAUUCCAUCAUGAUGGCAGAGGAGCUAAAGUUUCUUGACCUUACACGUUGUUCAUCUUUAGAAGGAACAUUCUUCCUAUCAGCUUUUAAGAAUUUGGAGGUUCUUAUCCUAAAAGGUUGUUGGAGAUUGGAGCAAAUUGACUCUUCGAUUGGAGACAUGAAGAGUAUGGUUCGCUUGGACUUGACGGGAUGUAUUAGUCUCAAGGAGCUGCCACUAGAAGCGGGUAAAUUAAAAGCAUUGGAGCAACUCCUUUUACAAGGUUGUCAAAAUAUUUCUGUAGUACCAGACGAAAUAGGGGCUCUGCAGAAUCUAGAAAUUCUGAAUAUUAGUGGCACUGGGAUAAAAGAUUUACCCUAUGGUAUUGGAAAGCUGAGAAACCUCCGAAUCUUAGAUGCUUCAAAGCUGCUAUAA